AAUAUUUUUGAAAAAAUCUUCUACGAAUUGAAGUAGUUUUUAUCACUUUAUGAAACCCAUAUUCUUUAAAUAUGUGAUUAUUUUGUGAUUACUAUUUGAAAUAUAUACAAUCCUAUACACAACCUUUUCCUGGAUUUUUGUGAUUAGUCCAAAAAUUCAAUGUGAUAAUUUUUUUUUUAUUUUAUAUAUAAUUUUAGCAUUAGGGUUGAAACUUGAAAGGGCAAAAUGCCGUUAUCGCGUACAAAAACUGAUGAAUAAUAAAUCCUCUAAAGAGAGCUGGUCGGGGAAGUGCAAAAUCCCUUUCUUCAUCAUAAAUACUGACACGAUAGAUUCCCAAUAAACUCUUCAAUAAAAGAGCUUUACUCCAUGAGAUCACAUACAGCUUCCACACACACUGAGAGAUAACCGAAUCGCGAGUGGACGAGAGAUGACAAGGAGAUCUGGGUCUUGUUUCCGGUGUUGUUUGGUAAUUUUGGCUGUGAUUUCAGCAUUGUGUGUAUCUGGGCCAGCUCUUUAUUGGAAGCUCAAACGGGGGUUUAAUUUGAAACCCGGUUCUUCGAUCCAUUGUACUCCAUGCAUCUGUGAUUGCCCUCCUCCUCUCUCCCUUCUCAAGCUCGCUCCUGGCUUGGUCAAUCUUUCUGUCACAGAUUGUGGGAAGGAUGAUCCAGAUCUCAAAGAAGAAAUGGAGAAACAAUUUGUGGAUUUACUAUCAGAAGAGCUUAAACUACAGAAAGCAGUAGGGGAAGAACACAUUCGCCAUAUGAACAUUACAUUUGGUGAAGCAAGAAGGGUUGCUUCCCAAUAUCAAAAAGAGGCUGAAAAAUGCAACACUGCAACUGAAACAUGCGAACAAGCAAGAGAACAAGCUGAGGCUCUCAUGAGACAAGAAAAAAAGAUCACUUCUUUAUGGGAGAGAAGAGCUAGAGAACUUGGUUGGGAAGGAGAAUAAAUGUUUUACCAAUAUAUUUAUUCUUGUUUCCUAUUUAUGCAUUUUAGUUUGUGUUGUAUUACUGAUUAUAGGCAUAGUUCUAAUUAAAUAUUAUUUUAGCUUUGUUUGAGCUUGCAUCAAGAAGACCCUUUUCAAGUAGUGUAUCAUUUGUGUUUAUUCUAGUUGGAUUUGGACUCAUUUCCAGUUCUUCUACUAUCCCUUAAAAAAGAAUAUCAGGUACAUAAUAGUAUUUUGGC